UUUAUUAGUAAAUAAAAUGGAAAAUAAGAAGAAUCAUGACGAAGAUUUAGAAAGCGAACAAGUAAAUCCAAUGGAUGAAGUUGAGACAGAUCAAGAUCAAGAAACAUUUAAACUUGACAAUACAAACUCUCAUUAUAAAAGUGCACCAAAGUUGAAUAAUUUGCCUAUAAAUGAUCCAAGAUUCUUAUAUCAUGCAAGAGCUAUUAUGAGACCUGAAAAUACAAAACAUGAUGAUAGUAUCAAUAUUAGAGCUUCAGAAACAAUGGAGAGAUCAAUGUCACCUUCAGAAGAACAAUAUUCUCCAGUCAACCAAGAGACUGAUCAAAGUCAGCAAAUUUAUGACUUCCAGUUCCAAAGGCCAUCUUCCUUUGCUGGUCAUCAACAGCAGCAUCCUCAAAGCAUUGAUCAUCAGGAGCACCAAUAUUAUUCCGAUCCAUAUUACAACCAACAAAACUUUGCUCAAACUCAAAACUAUGAAGGCUAUAAUAGCUCAUUUUAAACCUGAUAAUGCCUCAAUACAAAAUUUCCAGCCUCCCACCCCUCCAGAAGACCAACAAAUCCCUCUCAAGACUCAUCACAUAAUGAUCCAAAAAUACGAAUCCGUCCUCCAAUCCCUCAACUACGAAUUCAAGUCCUCUCUCGACCAAAACAAGCAGCUCCAAGAAGAACUAAAUAUCCUUGAGCAGAACCAAGCUAAGGAUCGCCAAAUCAUCCAAGAGCUCAAUUCCGCCCUCUACAAUAGUGAAGGCAAAGAAGAGAUUCAAAGACUUGUUGAAGAAAAGAACGAACUAAAAAGUGAAAAUGAACGAAUGGCCAACCAGCUCCUUGAGAUGGAACUUCAAACAGAAGAGAUCAAGAAGGCAGCCAAUGAUACUUUCGCACAAAAUAGUGAGAAAUAUCAGCAAAGUGAGUACUUCUUCAGAGCUAAAGUCGAUGAAAUGAUGCAGAAAGUUCGAGAAAGCCAAACCAUGGCCAGAGAGAAAGAUGAGAUCAUUUUUACGGUUUCUAGAGAGAAUGAGGCCCUCAAAGCUGAUAUUAGGAAUCUUGAGUCUGUUGAGAAUGCUCUCAAGGAUGAAAUUGAUGAUCUUGUGAGUAAGAGGAAGAGCUUGGAGGAUAUCAAUCAGAAUCUCAAGAACCAAAUCUGUGAACAAAAUAUUGAUCUUAGAAGAUUAGAUUCAGCAAAUAAUACAUUAACCAGAGAAAAUCAAUCUUUGCUGAAAAAUAUUGAGCUGUAUAAGAUCAACACUGAAGAAAUAUUGAAAGAAAAUAACCUUCUCAAAGACAAUCUUGAUAAAAUCGAGGUGAGUUUUUCAGAUCAAGAACUUGUAAUACAGCAAUUACAAUCAGAUAAAGAGCAACUAAAAGCAGAAGUUGAUAGAGUCAGACGCAAUAGAACUCUUAGCAGAGGUCCCUCUAGAAGAUCUGCUUCUAGAGGUACUCCUGUUAGAGACAAGAGCUAUGAAAAAUCUCCUCUCCAAGACUCUCCAAAGCCUAAUAAGGUUCAUUUCAACAUUCCUAGUAGAGGUACGAACGCAUCUAAACCAAGUUUCAAGAAUGCUACUGCUAAAAGUCUGUACGAAGAAUAUAUCGCAAAGAUGAAGAAAGACCAGGAUGUAGAUACCAAACCACAAAGGAUGAAUCAAACAUUUGAUCAUGGAUUCACAAAUGUUUCUUCAAAUUUCAACCAAGAAUCCUUUGGAAGGGAUAUCUCAGGUUCAGAAGAAGGAAAUAAAUCUAUAAGGCCUUAUGAAUAUUAUACUCCUCAAAAGCCACCAAGAAGUCAGAAUCAAAAUAAUUUUGAACCUGUUCAUCGGACCAAAAAUCUAGAAUCUUCCUCAGGAUUCAGAGAAGCAUUAGGCUUCAACCAAGCAAAUACUAAUUUAAAUAAUACAGUAUCAGGGAUAUUACAAAAAGAAAUGGAAAUUAAUGAUCCUCCUGCUGCAGGUGUAAAUAGUGGAAGCAAGGACAGAACCUUUGCUAGGCUCACAGGAAACGCUAAUGAGCUUACCCCAACUCGUAACACUCUAUCCACUCUCACCCGCUCAUUCGUCCACUCAACGCAUCAAAAAGAAGAUUCACUCAAAGAAAUCCAAGAGAACCUUCUUAAAUUCCAAAUCGAAAAGCAGCAGCUGGAAAAUGAGUUCAAUAGGAUCCCACAGUCCUACAAAAGAUCCUUCGCUCAACGUGAAAAGAGAGACAUACUUGAGAAUAAGAUAGAAGAAGUUGAGAAAAAGAUUAAUGAAACCAAGCUAUUUUUGAGAAAGAGAAAGAAAGCAGAAAGGGAAAGAUCUUUGUAG